AUGUUCUACUGUUUAGAUGCCCAACCUACAGAAUCUGAAAAGGAAAUUUAUAAUCAGGUGAAUGUAGUGUUAAAGGAUGCAGAAGGAAUACUGGAAGACUUGCAGUCAUAUAGAGGAGCUGGCCAUGAAAUACGAGAGGCAAUACAGCAUCCCAAUGAUGAGAAGCUGCAAGAGAAGGCAUGGGGUGCAGUUGUUCCACUAGUAGGCAAACUAAAGAAAUUCUAUGAAUUUUCUCAAAGACUAGAGGCAGGAUUGCGAGGUCUGUUGGGAGCCUUGACAAGCACUCCAUAUUCACCAACACAACACCUGGAGCGAGAGCAGGCUCUUGCUAAGCAGUUUGCAGAAAUUCUUCACUUUACACUCCGUUUUGAUGAGCUCAAGAUGACAAAUCCUGCUAUACAGAAUGACUUCAGCUACUAUAGAAGAACUCUGAGCCGUAUGAGGAUUAACAAUGUCCCAGCAGAGGGGGAAAAUGAAGUAAAUAAUGAGUUGGCAAACAGAAUGUCUUUAUUUUAUGCUGAAGCAACGCCAAUGUUGAAAACCUUAAGUGAUGCUACAACAAAGUUUGUGUCAGAGAAUAAAAAUUUACCAAUAGAGAAUACUACAGAUUGCUUAAGCACCAUGGCUAGUGUGUGCAGGGUCAUGCUGGAAACCCCUGAAUAUAGAAGCAGGUUUACGAAUGAGGAAACAGUGUCAUUCUGUCUGAGGGUAAUGGUGGGUGUCAUCAUACUCUAUGACCAUGUGCAUCCGGUGGGCGCUUUUGCCAAAACUUCAAAAAUUGAUAUGAAAGGAUGCAUCAAAGUUCUUAAAGACCAGCCUCCUAACAGUGUAGAAGGCCUUCUAAAUGCUCUCAGGUACACAACAAAGCAUUUGAAUGAUGAGACUACCUCCAAGCAAAUUAAAUCCAUGUUGCAAUAACAAUUACCUGGAAUUCGCACCUGCUGUAGACAGUAUUCUGCAAUGACUGAGAUGCACAGAUUUUUUUUAGUGAUUGCAACUACUAUCUUGUUCAUUCUUGCUUUUUAUUUUCUCUCUUCCUGUUUACCCUUUUUUUUAAUCACUUUCUUGUUCUUAAGUAAGCUCAGACUUCUUUUCUGUGCCAAAUCAAUGAAAAUUGUCAAUUCUGGAAAGUAUUUCAGCUUUUCAGAAUAGCCAUCCUAAGUGGCAGCUAAUUAUGCGUUGCAUUUGGAUUUCUCUGUACUGGGGAAAGAUUUGUGACUUGAACUAAAUAUUUUUAAACUUGUGGUUUUUUUUCUUUUUUUGAAAAACUAAUAUUUAAUAUUGCUUCUUCUGCAUGGCAAGACUGCCUACUUCUGCUAUUUAAAAAUCCCUUGAUGACUUCAUUUUCUAUUGCAGCUUAUUUUCAUGCAACCAUGAGGAAACUAAAAGCGGAUUUGUUUAAAUUAACUGUGUUUGUACAAAAUGGUACCCAACACAAAGUUUUUUUUAAAUGAGUAAAAACUGUUUUGUUUAAAAGUUACGUUUGCAUUUUGACUCUUUUUUGUAAGGAUGUAUGUUGUAUGUUUAACCUUUAAUAACUAACGUUAAACUGUGGUGUGUGCGUAGCAAAAUUACGUAUGCAUGUUCAUGUCAAAUGAUUGGCUGUGGAUAAGAUAAUAAAAUCAGCUUUCAUUUUUCUAAG